GUUCAGUGUGAGUCGCAAAAACGUUCCGUAGACUGUUCCGGCAAAGCUCGAAUAGAAAACGGCUCUUUACGAGGAUUGAAACAAGAAGAAAUUGUCCAAUUUCUCACUGGUUAUUAAGGAUACAGGGAUAUGCUAACAGCUGAGGAAAAAAGAUGGCUGGUAGUUGGAAUUUGCCUUUCAAAAGUUCUUACACCAGCAAUAAGGAAGGUUAUUGAACAAGAACUACAUCAACUUUAUCAGAACUUGAUUCAGCCACCUACCAACAUCCAUUCACAAACAUCUUCCUCUCAUCAUAAAUGCCUUCCUCCCUCUGCACUGCGUCUGAAUUAUGUAAACAUCAACAACAACGUCACUCAAGCAUCACACCGCAGCUAUGAUUACAGUGUUAAAGAUGAAGUUUCCCUGGCUAAACUCUUUGUGAAACCAUUCAUGGCAGGCUUCACAGCUUUUGAUGAAUCAUUAGAUUCAUCUGCUGCCCUUUCCAUUUUGUGCGGAGCGCCAAACUUUGUUUUUCUUGGUAUUGAUAUCAUUGCCAUGGAUGUCCGCAAUGAUGUUCGCAAUGAAUGGGGUCAUUGUAAGUUUGCAACAUGGAGUGAGGCCUACUACUUGCACUGUUUCCAACUUAUGGAAAAUCUGAUCAAAAGACUAAAACUCCCUGCAACUUUUGAGGCAAAGGUCUUGGAAGAUUUCAAAGAGUGGAAAAACAGAGGGAUUGACAUGUGCUUUGGACAGCCAAUAAACAAUGAUGUUUUAAAGCUUGUCCAGGAAGAAGUAGUAACAUUAGUUACCUCUGUGGAGGAAAACAAAGAAACCUGGACGCAAGACCAUGAAGGAUUGAAGACAAACCUUCAGAAUUUGACACAGCUUUUUGCCCUUGACAUCAAAAGACUUGAAGCUAAGCAUGUGGCCUUGGAGAGUGGUCUAAAUGACCUUAAAGACAACCAGUUGAAAAUUAAAGAUUCAGUGGUUGAAAAUGAACUUAUAGCUUCAUCAAAUGCUUCUCUGAUACAACAGGUCAGAGAUAACUUUGAAGAGGAACGCAAAGAUCUUCAAAGUCAACACGAGAUUCUUGAAGGAAAAUUUGUUGGUUUAUCAAGAGGAGUGGAAAAGAUGAAUUCAAAAGAAAACUUUUUCAGAAGUGGACUCCUUUGGAAAAUUCCUACAGUAGUUCUGUUUGGCUUUCUUGUGAUCUUCCUUUAUGAACACUAUUCCAGAGGAUCUAUGCUUCAUUAUUGGUAUUGUCGGAGAGGUAGCAUACAAGGCCACACAUUGUCAUUUGUUUUCAAUACACAUGAUGUGCAGAAACCAACAGUGAAUGGAAUUGAGUUCAGUUGGGAAACCCUAAAAAACAAAUUGGGUCUUAAAAUUCAGCCUUUCAAUUGUCCAGGGAUCAGGUAUUACCUUAACAUUGACCGCUGUGCAUAUGGUGGUGUAAUAGCUGUACGUUCUUUGUUGGAUGGCACUCCGCAAGUACGUGGUGCUGAGAUUCUGGCCGCAAAGUCCGUGAACUCUGAGUGUACCCAAGUAUAUUACAAUGAUGACGGAGUUUGGAAACGCUAUGAAAGUGCCACAAAUAUUCGUUGCAAGCCCUGAAAAAGAGUGAGGACGGAUUAAGCGAUGGAUCAACGCUUUAAGAGGAUUUCCUAUUGUCAAUAUAUCAAUCAAAAGCGUUAUUACAGUGUCUUUUCCUCAAGCCAGCCAUCAAGCCCUGCUAAUCCGGGACACUAAAGCGUACUUUUCGACACUUGUUCCUACGAAUGUAGCUUCAUGUCAGCGCAAAAUGGACUUUUGCGAGAGAGUCUAUCUGUUAAAUAAGUUGUAGUGAGCGACAUUUAGUAGUGGUUCGGUUUACAAGGUCAGCUGCAAAGAAGGCCAUCUCCAAUAUUACUGAGGAAAUGAAAAAUUCUGCAUGACCAACCUCAGGGUAACAUGCGGCAACAUGCGCUGAAUUUCUUUUUUCAUGCUAUAGCCAAAAAUGUCACAUAUUGCUCGUUAAUGUCGAUCUGGUCUUGACUGUUUAAGUGUUUAUGAAUUUACGGUUUGAAACAACCUUUGUCUGAAUCUAAACUAGUUUAGGUUAGACUUCCUAUCAUGUUACCUAUGCUGCUUUUCUUCCUUUCAUCCAAGGUGAAAAUGAGGAAAAUGCCAGUGCGCGCGUGUAGCAGCGGACGCUUUUUUUGGCGCGAGAAUAUGGCUUCUUUGAGCCCACGUGACUUGAGAGGGCCACAGAAGCACAGACAGAAGCACGCAAUCAAGGAGGCAUUCUCCAAAACAUAACUCUACGUCCUGUAAUUGAGCUGUAAUAUUUAUCGUGUAAAAACAAACACUUAUAGAAAAUAGCCAAGGUGGACACAGGAGAACGCUCUUUAUAUGAACUCUGCCCGUGUUUUUAAUACCAGCACUAGCUAGGUGAGGGUGGUAUCAAAAAUUGUCUGCUUUCUCCGAGUUUUUUCCUAAGAUUAUAUGGGAUGUUCUCUAUACUUUAAUGAUUGUAUUCUAAUUUUGUGUUCAGUGUUAGUUUCUCAGGUCCUUUAAUUCAGGGCACUUAGAAAAUAACCCAGCCAAAAAUUUGUUUUUCGGCUGGAAACAGAGCUUAUUAGAGUUGUUACCCUCUUCAUUUAAAUUAUUACUUUAUUUAUCUCGCAGAUUAUUGCGUUCAGUUUAGUACACGGCCUGGUUAGUGUUAAGUGGGUAGACGCUGUUGUUUUCGCUAGCUGUUUAGAACUAACAGAUCUCUCCAGGAGCCAUAAUCGGGGACGGAGUCCCCGAUCAAGCCGAGUUUAUAUUUCAGUCAUAAUUUUCGUUGUACUGUUCUUAUCACGUUUAAUGAUCGUUUACGACUCGUCUUUACUUCUCUCCUCCCCCUCCCCCUCCCCCCGCUCUAUAUCAGUACCCCUCACAGUAAAGUGAUAACCCUCCACAUAGCAGGUUAGUGUACGAAGAUGUACUACAACUUUAUGAAAUAAAACAUCGUUCUUUUCGAAAA